AUGGAUGGCAGAGCGUCUCUGCCCUCCGCCUCGCUGCCUGGAUCCUGUGUGCCGCCCAGCCCCCCGGCCGUGCCCAUUUCGAUGGCGGGGAGCAACUCGCUGCUCCGACCGCCGGCCUUACUGCUGAGGGCCGCCGCCGCCGCAGCCGCCGCCGCCUCGGCGGCUGAGCGGUACCCGCGGACCCCCAAGUGCGCCCGCUGCAGGAACCACGGCGUGGUGUCGGCGCUCAAGGGUCACAAGCGCUUCUGCCGCUGGAGGGACUGCAUGUGCGCCAAGUGCAUGCUGAUCGCCGAGAGGCAGCGGGUGAUGGCCGCUCAGGUGGCGCUGCGGCGGCAGCAAGCGCAGGAAGAGAACGAAGCCCGGGAGCUGCAGUUCAUGUACGCCGGAGGAGGGGCCGCCGAAGCCGGGCUGGCCAUGGCAGCGGCUGCCGCGGCGGCGAACAGCAUCAUCCCGGGAUCGAGAGCCGUCUCGACGCCUUACGAGAUCUUCGGAGCCGAAUACCAGAAGCAGAAAGAUGGACAAAAGAGCCCCAAAUACGAGCUAUUCUACAACGGUUUGGUGAGCCGAUCGGUGCUUCAACCUUCACACUCCCUGGCUGCAGAGACUGAGGGCUCCGACACCAAUCUGAGGGAUAAAGCAGAAAACGCCGAAGCCUCGGAGAGCGAGUCAGCGCAGCUUUCCCCCUCCCCGGAUCCUCCAUCGGAAGGCGCGGACAGCCCUCGCUCAGUGACUCCCUCGGAUGGCGAGUCUGGCAACGAAUGUGACAAACCCAAGGAGUUGGCGAAAGUGAUGGCCAACCUUCCCGGCUCUUCCUCAAACCACAGGGCGCCCAUCGACAUCCUCACCAAGGUCUUCCCGAACCACAAGCGCGACAAGCUGGACUGCAUCCUGGCGAGCUGCAAAGGAGAUGUGGUCCAGGCCAUCGAGCAAGUCCUGAAUGGGAAGGAACAAAAGGGACAAGUCAAAGAUGUCGAGUGCACCGCGCCCGACCCCGGGGAGCCGCAGCGACCCCCCCACUUCACCUUUGCUGGGCUUUCUGGCAGCUCCCUCGGGACAAAGUCCGCCUUCUCUCCCCUGCAAUCCAGCGCAGUUUUCGGGGGACCCGCGAACCUGUACGGGUUGAACCCCAGGCUCGGCGUCAACCCACUUCGACUGGCCUACUCGAACCCCGGCCGAGGGCUCCCUACUUUCAUGUCACCCUAUGUCACUUCUGGUCUGAUGCCAACUUUACCAUUUCGCCCUCAAAUGGACUAUACCUUCCCGGGCAUCGUGAGGGACAUUCCAUAUUUCCAGAACAAAGAGGCACUUUGCUCGAGUGGACUGUACUCUAGAAUUAAUCCGGAAAAGCAGUGA